UCAAAGCAUAUCCGGGUAGAGAGAGACAGACAGACAGACAAAGAGAAGAGGGAAGAGAGGGAGGAGUGAGAGUGUUCAGGAUGCUGAAACUACACUCGCUAUCUUCCCCUGCGAUUGCACAGAAGCCUAACCAAAACCCUAGCCAGUUCCUCUCUUCGCAGCUCUUGAGCAGAGCUAGGGUUUUCAGCACCAACACCUUCGGCUUUGCUCCGAGUCCGAUCUCGUCGAGGAAGAGACUCUCCUUGAAAUGUCGCCAGUCGGAGUACUUCGACCAGCAGAGAACCAGCACCGCCGCUUCCCCGAACAAACCUUCUCCCGCUCCGCCAACUCCCGCCGGAGCAACUGGGAUGGCGCCUAGGUUUUACGUGGGUCACUCGAUAUACAAGGGAAAGGCCGCUCUUACCGUAGAGCCCAAAGCUCCAGAGUUCACCCCUUUAGAUUCAGGGGCAUUCAAACUUUCCCGGGAAGGUUUUGUGCUACUUCAGUUUGCUCCAGCAGCUGGUGUUCGUGUAUAUGAUUGGAGCCGAAAGCAGGUAUUCUCGCUAUCAGUGACAGAAAUUGGAAGCCUGGUUAGCCUUGGCUCGAAGGAGUCCCUUGAAUUUUUCCAUGAUCCUUUUAAGGGGAAAAGUGAUGAGGGCAAGGUCAGGAAGGUGUUGAAGGUGGAGCCUCUUCCAGACGGAUCUGGCCAUUUCUUUAACCUGAGUGUUCAAAACAAGCUUAUCAACUUGGACGAGAGCAUUUAUAUUCCUAUCACCAGAGCGGAAUUUGCUGUUCUCAAAUCAGCUUUCAAUUUUAUCUUGCCGUACAUUUUAGGUUGGCAUGCCUAUGCAAACUCCAUAAAACCAGAAGAUUCGAGCCGUGCCAAUAACUCUGGUCUUAAAUAUGGGGGAGAUUUUGAAUGGAGCCGGUAGUAGGACACUAAGAGAACUCUUUUAAGUGCAAAUGAUGUUGGUUUGAUCUUGAUCGUUUGUUGUGUAUGUCCUGUUAUUAUGCAAGUCUCAAAAUUUUGGGUACGACAUUAAUGUAAAAUUUAGUGCAGAUUGAAGAAUGAAGUAGCUGACCACAUUCUUUUCUCCCA